CCUCUCUAUUUCUAGUGUUGCCACCACCUGUUUCAGAUAUUAUUUCUCUCUCUAACCGUUCGCCUCUCUCUCUCUCUCUCUCUCUCAAAAACCGUUUGUCUCUCUCUCUUUCUGAAAUCUUCAAAUCCGUGUAGUCUGUUUUGCCUGAUUGCUCGAUUGGGAUUCGAGGCAUUUGAUUGUAACUGAACCAAGUGUUUUAAAUUUCUCCCUCUAUUCUAAUUCGAUUUCAAAACGAUUUUGCGAUGGCAAACCGCAGAGAACAAGAUUUGUUUAGCGGCGGCGGCGGCGUCGAUCCGUCGAACAGCGACGAUUUCGAUGAUUUGUCGUCUGUGGACAGUUCUACUUCUGCUGGAGAGGACGGUCGCUCAAGGACGCAGGUUGGACUUACGGAGCGGUUGACGGAUAUUUUCGUCGACGAACGCGACGGCGAUCUGUUGAUUCAGCAGACAAAUAGAGAGGACCGGUUCUUGCAGUGGCUUCAGGCUCUUGAUUUGCAAGUUAUGGGGGCUUGUCGAGCAGACGAGAGAUUGAAACCCUUGCUGAAGAUGAGCACUUCUUGCGGCGUCGCGGAAGAUCCUCUUCUGGCUCAAUUGACUCAGCAUUUCGAGCCAUCGGAGGUAGGAAUGUUAGCGAGAUGCUUCUGCGUGCCGCUUGUUUCGAUCCGUGUUGGGAAGAUCAAUAAGGAGGGGAUUCGCUUCUGCCCUACUUCGAAUAGAGGUAACUUGACACUUGUACUGCUGCCAAGUUCUGAUCUUCGUCUAUCGUUCAUUGGGGAUGAUGGUAAAACUGAGAGACUAUUCACCCUUACCAGCAAAUCCCAGUGCUCUACUGUUGUGGUUGAUGAAAUCCCAACCGACAGGUCUGGGCGAUCCUUCUUUAUAAGUGUUGCAGAUAGCAGAGCUUUUUACUUCUGGUGCUGUGAGAAGUCCAAGCUUUUGGGAAUUGAAUUACUUGGGAAGAUGAAGGAUUUGCUCAAGAGGAAACCAUCCAUUGUUGAGCUGAGUGGUAUUAGCAAAUCACGACUUGAUUGCUUUGCCACUCAGCUUCGGGCUUUUCUUGUGGGGUCAACAGGAGACAGAAGUGGCCGUGAUCAUUCAGUUUGUGCCUCAACAUGUGCUAAUUCCAUAUCAUGUUGUACUGUGAGUUCCGAAAGUUCAAACCCAUCAUCUUCAAAAUUUCCCCGAUCUCGAAACAAUGGAGGUCAGACAGCAAAGGGAGAUACAGCACUUUACCAGGGUAUUCUUAGUCCAAGAUCAAGUUCUUUUAAAGAGGUUCCUCCAAGAAAUUUGUCUUCUCACAGGAUUGCAGCCAGGGAGAAAAUUAAACGACGUGGUGAGAAUCAUCAGCAAAUGGUUGAUAACUUGACAAAUGAUUCAGCAAACAUUUCAGAUAUAUCAUCAAGUUCUGAUCAUGACAAAGCAUCUGAAGUUACCAAAACUCUUGCCUUUUCACCUAGUUUUCUGGGAUCGCUUGGAAAACUUGGUGUUCCAUCGAGCCUUGGGCUGGGUGGGGAGGUCCCUCCCGUGGUAUCACCCCUUUUUUCUCCCUAUUAUUGUUGGUGUCCCCCGGGGAUUUCUUCCUGUCCAUCCAUAGCAUCAGCUACGCAAUCCCCCAAAUCCUCUAUUGAAGCAUUGCCUUUCCCCUCAGGUGCCUCUUUCCUACCAAGCCCUCUGUCAACUACCCUGUUGGAUCCAGUACAGCCUCUUAGUUCUUCCAUGGAUUUUCCUCCUUUUUUGCCUGAUCCACUGGUCAGAAUGUCGUUACCAACAUCUCAGCAGAUUCCCACGUUCACACCAUUAAUGUGUGAUCCGAUUGUUCACGUCCCAGUGAUUGAUGUGUGCUCUUCAGGUCAGGGCUAUCUUGUGAGUGCUGGCCCUGCCAUGUCAACUAGCAUCCCACCGUUGCAUCCAAAUCUUGUGAAGCCACUUAUUCCUGAAUCUGAUGCUGUAGUGAAGGGUGCAAGAGAGACUCUAAGAUUGCUGAUCAGUGGUUCAAGCCAGAACCAACAAAUGAUAAGGGACACUCUACCUGCAAUUUUAACUAAUCCGGACGAAAAACAAAAUAACAUUCUUGUGGCUGGUAGCCGAGGUCUUUACACUGGAACCCGAGAUAUUAAUGUUUUUGCUAACAGUAUAGCAGCCAUGGGAUUAGUAUCAUCAUUAUCUGGGGUGUCCAAGGAAGACAGCGGAAGUUAUUCCGAGGUAUGUGAUAACUACGGGAUUAUGGAAGAAGCAGGAAAAAAUGCCAAUUCCAACGAUUCAGGUGGAGGAGGCUUUUUGAGUGAUGAUGGUGGUGCUUCUUUGGAUUCAAAGUAGUUGUGAUGGAAGCAAUUAUGUCUUUUUUUUUUUUUUUUUUUCAUGUAGAUCUCUUUUGUCCAGGAAAUGUAGAUAUGUGCUUUAGCACUUCUGAAUGGUUUUAAAGUUCAUAUUUCACCAUUCAAGCCUUGAUUUCAUGUAGAAUGCUUUUGAUAUUCUUUGUUGAUUAAAAAUGUGGUAUGUGGCUCUAUCAGAUCCUUCGUUA